AUGGUUGUUGUAUCAACCCCUUCUGAUGUCUAUCGUUUCCAGGUGAAGAUCGAACGAGUGGUUUGCGAUGAAGAAACGUUAACGCCUUUUGAAAAUGAUCAGUUUGACUUGCUUCUAUCGUCGCUCUCAGGACACUGGAUCAAUGAUUUACCCAAGUGGUUUGGCCGCUGUUACGAUAUUCUGAAGCCUGAUUGUCCGUUUAUCGGUGCGAUGUUAGCGGAAGACACACUGCACGAGCUUAGAUGCUCAUUACAGCUUGCCGAAAUGGAGCGGUUGGGUGGAGUCGGUUCACAUGUCUCUCCGUUCAUAAAACCGCAGGAUAUUGGAAGCCUGCUGAACAGAGCCGGCUUUGAUAUGGUCACUUUAGACAGCGAUGAGGUUGAGGUUGGCUAUCCGAGCAUGUUUGCUCUCAUGUACGAUCUACAGUUGAUGGCUGAGUCGCACUGCACCCACUCAAGGACUCCUACACUUCGCAAGGAUGUUUUGCUUGCUGCAGAAGCUAUUUACAGGGUAAGUUCAACUACAACGGGUUCGCCGCAUUUUUUAUAG